GUGAGAAGUCUUGUAGUUUCUCCUUGCAUGCAUGCUGGUGAUGUCUAUCUGACAUGAUCUCUCACAACAGAUCUUAGAGCUAUAACCUAAAUCUCAUGAGUAUUCCUUACAGAAAAAAGACAAGGGCUGCCUGACUGCGGGCUGCUGACUGAAACCACAGGUACAAACUUCCAGCUUCCAGACUCCUGAUGAUGGUGCUGAUGUUCAGCUAGAGCCUGGUGACUCUAUCUACAUGACACAAGAAUAUCUGCAAAACUGCUCUAGUCUAGCUGUGAAGAUCCAGAACCAGAUUUUGUAGCUCCAUGACUCCCACUGGAAGAAUGCCCCUGAUCCUACAUCUCCUAAUACUGAUCUUGGUGGAGUCCACCACGGGAGCUCCACAGGUCAUGAAAUCACCAGACGUAGAAGUAGAUGAUAUCAAUUUAUUUCUGACUAUGGCAUGGCAAGUAGCCAACUACAUACGCCCUAAUUCCAGCUGUUAUGUCUGUGGCCUAAUGCCCUACACAGCUGGAGAAGGCUUACCUCUGAUGGCCUUACCUGCCUCUGACUGUGACACAUGCCACCUGAUGCAUAUUCCCUUGUCUCAGUCUUAUUCUCACCCUGACUGUACCAGAAUCUCCAAAAUGAGACCACUUAACUGUUCUGGAGGACACGCGAACUGCAACAGAUGUCUCAAAACCCCAAAACCUGUUUCCAUACUGUUGAUUCCUCAGCCAUUCACUUGGUGUCUCCAGAAUGAUGGCAACACCCCUGUAGGACAAUCUGACUGCCUUCGUACAUUCAAAUGGGACCCAGAACAAACCAAUUUUGACUUUAAAUCUCUGGAUUCUGCACCUCAGCACUGUUUGGAAGCAGCAGGUCAGGCUCACUUCAGUGCUCUAGCUCACCGCAGUGCUCAAUGCUCCAUCUCCUCUCCUGUAGGAAUGUACUGGGUAUGUGGACACCUUGCAUACCCGUAUCUUCCUGUGGAUUACAAAGGACGCUGUGGCUUGGCAUACGUCGUCCCGGCUAUGAGAGUGGCUCACUCCCUGCCCCAGAAACCUCUUCCUAAACGAGUACAACGUGGCCUUUCAGAUGUCUUUGGAACUCAUCAUCAAUCAUCUUUCAAGAAUGUACUUGGUCCCCUUCUUCCUUUUUACGGAAUUAUGUCUGCAUUGGAUCAAAUUGCUGAUCUGUCUCAAGCAAUAGAAGUUAUAGCUAAUCAAACCAGUAAAGCUCUCAUGCUUAUAUCUAGUGAACUUGCCUCUGUUAGACUUCUAGCUUUACAAAAUAGAGCAGCUUUGGAUUUUCUUUUAGCAGCUCAAGGAGGAACUUGUGCUGUUAUUGGUUCUGAAUGUUGUACCUUUGUGCCUGAUUAUAAUGCUACGAUUGGUGAUAUAAUUAAUCACCUUCAUGAUACUGCUAAAUCUGUUCACCAGGAAAGUAGUUUUACUUUAUCUGAUUGGUUGAGAACUACUUUUGGAUCACUGAGUUAUCCCAUUGUUAAGUUGAUCAUUAUUUUGGUUGUUUUCAUUGUACUACUGUCUUUCUUUAUAUCAUGUGUGAAAAAGUUCCUGUUCAAUAUUAGUUAAGUACAAACAAGUCCUCCAGCACAAGUAUUUUCUAUCAACUUUGCCAAUAUUUUUAGAUUACACUAAAACUUUAGCUACGUGCUUUAUAACACAUUGUCAAUAACAUUGUUUUAUCAGCUUGAUACUUCAUGACUUUUCCUAAUUUACUGAGAAUUGCUUAUAAACAUGAUUUUGAACAGAUGACAUGUUUAGUCUGACAUUACUUCUAUUUGGGGUCUCAGAGACCACAGCUGUAAGACAUAAAUACAACGGAUGAAUAAAUACAAUGAAUUUUCAUUUGCUCUAUAUUUGUGAUUGAUGUUGACUGAACUUUUGCGCCACACUACCCCUCUGUUAUUGAAGUUUUGUAACAGUUUGUACACUUCUUUGUGAAUGACUUUUUGGCAAAUAAAGGGAUGCAUAGCCCAUAUAA